CGACUCGGGAUCACUUUCGUCAAGUCUCGCGACAACACUUAGCUCGAUACUGCGGUCGAAGUUACAUCUCGUAUAUUCCUUCUUAUAAUAUUUUUCUUUCAGCCAUAAUUAUUCAGAUCUCAUAAUUCUUGCUAGUUAUAUUAUCUUGCUCAAGAAAGACGUGCACGUUCUGGCUGUUAUAGUUUCUAUAGUAAAGUUGCAGAUUUGGUGCCGCGGUAUCGCUUCCCUUCCCUUUGAACAAUGAUAUCCCUCAUACAUAUUAUCCUCGGCAUUUCUCUCGUAUUUUUUAUUUCUAUUUUUCGUCGUAAAACGCAUCGACUUCCGCCGGGACCAUCCGGCAUACCGCUACUCGGUUAUUUGCCAUGGAUAGAUUCCGAGCGUCCUCACGUGUCGCUGACAAAUCUAGCGAGGAAAUAUGGACCGAUUUGUGGGCUGCGAAUGGGCUCGGUUUACACGAUCUUGCUGUCAGAUCCUCAGCUGGUAAGGCAGGCCUUUGCGAAGGAUGCAUUUGCCGGUAGGGCCCCGCUGUAUUUAACGCAUGGAAUGAUGCAGGGAUACGGCAUCAUUUGCGCUCAGGGUGAUCUCUGGAGGGAUCAACGAAAAUUCGUAGCCGGAUGCCUGAAGAAUUUCGGCAUGGUUAAGUUACCUGGUACCAAGAGGGACAAGAUGGAGGAGAGGAUCCUCACGGCCGUGAGCGAGUGCAUAUCGAAAUUAAAAGAUCGCGCUACGGAAGACGGUAUCGAUCCAGUGGAAACACUUCAUCACUGCGUGGGCAAUCUGAUGAACGAUCUCGUGUUCGGAAAAUUUUACAAAGAAGGCGACGAGGUGUGGAAAUGGCUGAGACACAUGCAGGAGGAAGGAGUUAAGCAUAUCGGAGUCGCAGGGCCGCUCAACUUUUUGCCGUUCCUCAGAUUUUUACCACGAUACGGCAAAGUAAUGGCGUCGCUUAUCGAUGGUAAACUGAAAACGCAUCGAAUAUAUCAAACAUUUAUCGAUGAGCAUCGCGCCCGGCUUGAAAAGACAGAUAACAUUCUGGCGGCUUUCGACGAUGUGAUGAGAAGCAACGCAAACAAUCCUGGAUACUUUACGCAACCUCAAUGUUAUCAUCUCUUGGCCGAUCUUUUCGGCGCAGGCACCGACACGACCUUUACAACUCUUCGAUGGUUUUUGCUUUUCAUGGCGACGCAUCCAGUCGAACAAAAAAAGAUUCACGAUGAAAUGAACGAACUGUUGGGACAAAAGCCGCCCAGUUUGGAGGACAGGCUUGUUUUAAUUCGACUGGAAGCUGCCAUCGCGGAGACACAAAGAUUGCGAAGCGUUACACCGCUUGGCAUUCCUCAUGGAACAAUCGAGAACACGCAAAUAGGUGAUUAUGACGUACCGAAAGGGACUAUGAUUAUUCCGCUGCAAUGGGCUAUUCAUACGGAUCCUUCGUACUGGGAGGAUCCGCUCUCUUUCAAAAUGGAAAGAUUUAUUGCUGAGGAUGGAAGCCUUGCCAAACCAAAAGCUUUUUUGCCUUUUCAAACGGGUAAACGUAUGUGCGUCGGUGAUGAACUAGCCAAAAUGAUAUUGUUUCUCUUUGCUGCAAGAAUUCUUCACUCAUUUGUCGUAUCUGUACCACCCGAUACACACAUUGAUCUGGAGGGCGAAUGCGGAAUUACUCUGGUUCCAAAACCGCAUCGAUUGGUGUUUACAUUGCGGGAAUAAAUUAUAAUAUUUUCCUUAUCCUCAUUAAUAUUAUUACACACAACUUAUUAUUAUACAAAAUAUAUAUAAAACUAUAUAUAUAAAAGUAAGUAUAUACUUACAAAUUUCACCAAAAUAUAUAUACACAAUUAAUUUUUUUUUGUAUACGUAAUUCGUAACAUUCGUGCAAAAAUACGAUUAAAAUAAAUGAUAAUAAUAUUCAUCUUUUACCAGAUUUUGCUAUUAAUAUAAAUUAUUAUAUGUUUAUUUAUUAUUAUGCUAAACAUAAUAAUUAUAUCUUUUCUAGAAAUUUAUGGUUCUGCCAAUAUAUAAGUCUUAAAAUAUGUUUGAUUAAAUCGUAUUUAUGUUAAUUAUAUAUGUAUAUUAAAAAUUAAAAUUAUGUUAAUGCAUACGAUGCAUGCUUGGCUCAUAUUACAUCAAUACAAUUUAUUAAAAAUUAGGAUUUUAUUCUAGCGCUUUAUCUUUCUCUUUUCUUAUCUAAAAACAUGAUUUUUAUCAAAUCCAACUUUUAUCAUAACGAGCUGCGG